AACUUUGGAAAAGCAGCUAAGAACAAAGUGGAACCUUCAAAUAAGUUGAAACCAAUCCUCUACUCGAACUUUACUACAGAUGCUACUCAAUAUGGCAUCGAAAGUGAAGCAAAGGCAGUGACCCUUUACAUGAGGGAAAUGGAAAAGAAUGGCCUUGAUGUUACUGUUGAGGAAAUUGGGCUACUGGUGUCCAAGGACAAGCCAUACCUGGGGGCAAGCAUAGACAGGAUUGUAACCAUUAAGGAUACUCACGAAAAAUGGGGGAUGGAAAUUAAAUCUCCUUUAAGCAAAGCAGGCAUGACUAUCGAAGAAGCCUGCCAAAAAAAACCUUUUUUUCUAGAGAAACUUGCUGAUGGAACUGUAAGGUUAAAACGAAAUCAUGAUUAUUAUGUACAAACUCAAGGGCAGCUCUACUGUUCUAACUUGGAUCUUAAAGGGAUCAUUCUUGUAGUAUACUUUGGAGAGAGUAGACCACUAUUUGUGGAGAAAAUUUACUUGGACAACUCUUGGAUCAGUGACUCCCUGCCAAAGAUAGAUUUCUUUUACAGAUGUGCUCUUUUCCCUGAGCUCAUUACCAGACGAGUGCAGCGGGGUAAGAUUCUAUACCUGCAUGGAGGUUGGUUGCCAUAUGGCCAAUAUUGCUGCACAAGUACUGGUUUGAAAAUGCGAUUUCAAAGGCAAUUGUAA